CGCUGUUCUAUAUUUGACUCCUUAAAAGAAGACAACGCUUUUGGAUUGUUGCAUCAAACAAUCUAGGCAGUUGGCAGUUGGCGGUUAAUUUCAUUUCUAUGCUAUGGGCAGUCUCAGCUUUGACGUCCAAGAGGGUGUUUCAAGAUUAAUCUCUGUGGCACCGCCAACCCAUUAUACUUUCAAAAUAAAUAACUUUUCCUUACUAGCAAAGAAUUCAAUAGAUAGAUAUGAAUCAGGGGAAUUCCAAGCAGGAGGCUACAAAUGGAAGUUGGUUGUGUACCCAAAUGGAAACAAGAAUAAGAAUGAGAAAGACCACGUUUCCGUUUACUUGGCAAUGGUAAAAGAAAAUUCGCUACCGACCGGUUGGCAAGUGUAUGCUAAUUUCAGCUUGUUUCUGCUUGAUCAGAACAACGACAACUACAUGGUUCUUCGAUUGGAAAGGGAAAGGCAGUUUCACAGAUCGAAGCUUGAAUGGGGAUUUGAUAAAUUCAUCUCUCUUAGAGCUUUUACUGAAGCAAGUAAUGGGUUUCUGGUGGAUGAUACUUGUGAAUUUGGGGCUGAAGUCUUUGUCUGCAAAGAAAGGAGCACAGGUAAAGGAGAGUGUCUGUCAAUGAUGAAGGAUCCCAUUAAGAACAAGCAUGUGUGGAGGGUUGAGAAUUUUUCUAAGUUGUCUGCAGAAGGCAAUGACUCCAAUACUUUCACCCUUGGAGAUCACAAAUGGAAGAUAAAGCUGUACCCCACAGGAAAAGGCAAUGGACUGGGCACUCAUCUUUCUCUUUAUUUGGCUCUCUCUGAUCUAAUAGCUCUGCCUCCUGGCACUCAAAUAUAUGCAGUCUUCACCCUGCGCGUUCCAAACCAAUUAAAUUCCAGUUACUAUUUCUCUUAUCAAGCUAGUCACUGGUUCAGUGUCUCAGAUUAUGAGUGUGGUUGGUCCAGAUUCCUGCCACUGCUCUAUUUCACCGACAGCUAUAGUUAUUUGAUUAAAGAUACUUGCGUUGUUGAGGCAGAAGCUACCGUCCAUGGAGUUGCUAAUGCACUGUAAAUUAACCACAAGAUACUUUGAAUGAAACUUUAGCAAUAUAAAUAUUACCUGUCUCUAAUAUAAUAUGAAAUUGGACUUGUCAAUUUAUAAUUAAUAUCACCUGUUUGGUUGAA